AUGGCUUCCUCUACGAACCAACAGCAACCCUUCCCGGCUGUACCUCCAUCUAUGUCCGCUGGCGAUCAUGAGAUGCGAGACUACUACGCCCCGCUUAAUGCACCACGACCUACUAUGAACCAAACACCAAACUUCAAACCAUACCUCGGCCUUCGAGCUAGACUCUCACAAAUAUGGAUCAACCGCUGGACCAUCCUCCUCCUCCUUGUCCUCGUCCGCCUACUCGUCGCCAUUGCGAGCACCGACUCAAGCCUCGUUUCCGCUCGCCGAGAAGCCCUCAGUGCUUGCACUCAAGUCGAAAACAUGGGCAGCUCCAUGGCUUCCAUGCCUCACUACAUGGCCAAGGGUGUCAACGAAAUGACCGCUUCCGGGGUCGAAAAGGCAGUGCGUGGCCUCCUGGCCAUGCUAGAGAUGAGCGUUUCAAGCGUCGAAGAGAUUGUUCUCUUCGUCAUUCACAUGAUGACAAACACAUACCUCUGCCUCAUCACCCUGGCCGUAAGUGGCAGCCUUCACGCUGCAGUCGAAAUCGGCGACGCAAUCAGCAAGAACCUCAACGAGACCAUCAACGAUGUCACCGACGACAUGGGUGACGCUGUCAAGUCUGUCACAGACGGAAUCAACUCCCUCCUCUCCAAGGUCAAUUUCAAUUUCGGAGAUGGAUUUAGCGCACCAACUGUCAACCUUGACCAACAGAUCGCGAAGCUGAAAUCUCUUGAAGUCCCGCCUGAGUUGCAGCAGGGACUUCAAGAGCUGAACAGUUCAAUUCCGACUUUUGAGGACGUGAAGAACUUCACAGACAACAUCAUUCGCACACCUUUCGAAGCAGUCAAGAGCCUGAUCCAGAACUACACUUUCGAGUUCGACCGCGACCUACUUCCCGUACCAGAGAAGGACAAGCUCGAUUUCUGCUCCGAGGGCAACUCCAUCGGCAACUUUUUCGACGACCUCAUUACGAUGGUUUACAAAGCACGCAAGAUCGCCCUCGGUGUACUCAUCGCUCUCGCUAUCCUCGUUUGCGUUCCGAUGGCCUGGAUGGAAGCCCGCCGAUACCAAAAGAUGGAACUACGUGCUGCGCUUUUCGCAGCAGGUCACGAGGGCAUGGAUGUGGUCUAUUUGGCCUCCCGCCCGACUUCCUCCACUCUCGGUCUGUGGGCUGGCAAGCGCUUCGGCUCAGCUCGACGACAAGCUAUCAUCCGUUGGGCAUGGGCCUACGCUACUUCUGUCCCCAUGAUGUUCCUUCUGUCUCUGGGCAUCGCUGGCCUGUUUGCCUGCUUCUGCCAAUAUCUCCUGUUGAGGGCUGUUCAAGACAAGACGCCCGAACUCACGCAGCAAGUCGCUGACUUUGCCGGAAAGGUCGUCACAUCUCUCAACAACGCAUCCAUGUCUUGGUCUGAAGGCGUCAAUGGCGCCGUCGGCAAGCUUGAUGACAAGAUCAACGAUGACAUCUUCGGCUGGGUGAACUCCAGCACCACGGCAGUCAACGACACUCUCAACGGAUUCGUGAGCGAGAUGAGCAGCACCCUGAACACGACGUUCGGCGGCACAAUUCUCUACGACCCAAUCAAAGAAGUGCUCAACUGCUUGAUCGGACUGAAGAUCGCUAGCUUCCAAAACGGUCUCACCUGGAUUCAAGACAACGCCCAUGUCAGCUUUCCCGGCGUCGCCAACGACACUUUCUCACUCGGCGCCCUUGCUGAGGUGAGCGACUCCGACUCCGCUGCCGAGCUGCUUUCCGAUCCAAACGGCAAGGCAAAAGACGAGAUCACCGAAGCUGUCAACCGCGUUCUCGAGCAGCUAUUGAAUGGCAUUCAAACCGAAGCACUCAUCUCCACCGGCCUUAUCUUGAUCUGGCUCUUUGUUGCCCUCGGCGGUUUCGUCUACGCUUCAACUCAACUUUUCCGCCGCGACCUCGAAACGGGCACUGCCUAUGUCAUCGAUCCGUCCAACGACAACCAUCCCAAGUCUCACGAUUACCCCACUGCUGCGCCACCUCAGUACGUUGCCAACGACUACCACCCCAACAAGGCUGCCCACCUGGCUGCGCCUUACGCGCUUCAGCCCAGACCGUUCCCCGACUUCGGCCCUGACUCUCCCAUGGAGAAGAUCGGCCAAGUAGGUGUGUGCGCAGUGACCGAGUCGUCUCGCCCCGGCCAUCUACGAUCCAGCAGUUAUGGCCAGGUCAGCGAUCCCUCGCCCCUCGAUGAGAAACACAACCCCUUCGCGGAAGACCAACCCCACCGAGGAGGACGAAACCCGUUCCACUAA